GUUUUGAGAGCCAAGAGGGAAGAAAUAAAUACAUAUUUUUUUUUAUACAAAACUCAGGACGAAGAAAGUGAUAUAAAAAGAUGAAAUCGUGUGAACAAUUCUACGUUGUCUUGUUCAUCCUAUCUUGGGUGAAAGGGUCGUUUGCAUCAAAAGUUGACUGGAUUACAGCAUCUAAGGAUUGUAAUGCAAAAUAUGAGUCGCAGUUGAUACCACGAAGCUACAUCGAGGGCAAAAAUCUUCAUAAUGAUGUCGUCGAAGGCAUUGGCGUGAACGUUUCAGCCUGGAUUGAUGGAAAAAUUCAAAGGAUUGGGUGUGAUCAGGUAAAAUGUCUUCAGAUAAAAAGGUUAAAUGAGCAGCAAGACAGAAAACUGCCAUUCAUUUGUGUGACUUCAGGGGACAUUGAGGGUAACUUGACGGAGGUGUCAUACACGGAGUCCAGAGAAUUGUGCGGUUCUGCCCAGUUUAGAGUAGAAGGUCCCUUACAAAAGUACGCAAUGUUCUCAGUUCUACAUAAAUUUCUUCCUUCACCCAAACCGUUCGCGGCAUUUUGGCUUCCAAACGCUGAACUGAGCGACAUUGAAGAUACCUUCUGCACAUAUGUUGUGUCUAGAAACAAUGAAACAGUGGAAACGAAGUCCGACAACUGCAGUGCUCCAAAAAUGGGAGUUUGUAUCAACACAACAUAUAUUACAGACUUCAGAAUGUCAGUGAUGCUUGAAAUGACUGCGAAGCAGUGGCCACCAAUGAAAGGAGAUGAGGUCAUAUGGGCCAUGAAAAGUCACAAGAAAAAACUACAGACCGUAAGGACCUCAACUGACAAGGAUAACGCAGUUCCUGCUGUUUCCGUCUCAUUAGCACUCAGCGCUUUAAGUUUGUUUCUGGUUGUGUUGUUUAUGUGCAUCAGCAUACUUCUCUGGAAAAGGGUAUCAUCAAAAUUGAACGUUUUCUUGAAUGAAAAUCGAAGCACUGAUGCGGGAAAUGAAAUAAAAAGCGAGUCAAAUGAGAGAAAAAAUAAGAAGAAAGCAUGCACGUAUGAGGUUCUUCCCCAAAACACACAUGGCCAUUCUACUCGCGUUAAAAAUCUACCGAUGGAGCAGGAAAACCCAUACAGCGAGAUAACAAAAAGACGAGAGUCUGGUUACCAUAACAACCCUGGAACGUCAGGGCAAACAGUAGAGACGAUUUUGCUAGAGAACUGAUAUUUAAAAGUGUACUGUUUCGUGUUAAUAUCCUUCCUUAAUUCAUUUUUAGAGAGAGAGAGGGAGGGGGAGAGCAUUAAAAUUUAUUCAUUUUUUACCAUUUUUCAUUAUUGCAUGUUGUAUUUUUUUUCUUUAUACGUAAAUGUUCGAAUUAUAUAUCAUAUUACUAUUCCUCUUUUGGAUCAAUAUCUUGUACCAAAUGUUCCGUUGCACCUAUGUUUCAAUCAUAUGAAAUCCAGUUUUGUACACGAUAAUGCAUUUUCCAACUUUUUACUCCUACAUACGUUUCAUUUGUAUACUUUGUAGCUGUACGCGUGUUGCAGUUUAUUUUUAGCAUACUAUAUAAAUAACAUAAAACUGGAAUGAGAGAAUUCAAUAUUUAUCUUCCUUAGCUUUUACCAGUGUAUCUAGCAAAUCUCUUCACAACAUGCCAAAAUAUUUCUUUUCAGUCUGCUAAUUUAGCAUCACAAAAAAGACUUAAAAUUUCAAACCCACAAAUCUUGAAUUCAUCUCAUAUUAUGAUAACUCUUUUGCAGAUAUAAUGUUGUUAAAUUUCAAUUUAAAGCAUUUUACUCUGUGCAGAUAGAAAAUUUGUUUAAACUGGAGGCCCUUGGGCCAUAAGGGUCACCUGAGUAAAAUAUCUCGACUCACAUUCUUCGUCCUCCAGCAUGGCCUCGUCCACACUGGACUGUUUGGAGAGACUGGAGGUUUCUGUGGAGGAUUCUGAUUGGAUACUGAGACCCCACGUGUCCUGUAAGAGGUCAUUGUCCUCCUCAUAGCUGUCUUCAGAAAAAAACCCUGGGGUUUACUGCCAUAAUCUAUUAUACUGACUACAUCCAUAGUAAUUAUUUCUCUUCAUAAUUGUAAAUUUCGUUAAUCUUUGUUAUGAAUUUAGCAUCUUUCAGUAUUGAUGAGCUUUAUCCAUUUAAUGCUUCUCGAUAGGCUAUCACUCGUAUGUACAUUUUAGAUCUUUUAAAACACCAUUUGAAAUAGAAGUUCCAAGUUAUCUUUUUAUGCAGCACGAAUUUGCCCUUCUAAUUUCAUGAUGAAAUGUGGAGAUAAAAGUUUAAAAGUAUAUUUAUGAAAUUUCUAAAUAGCUAACAAUGUC